UCCAAGUGCUAGCGGAUAAUAAUACAGACAGAGAGCUCAAACAAAGAAAGAUUGAUAGAACGAGGGAAGAGAGGAGCGAACGAGUGAACAGUGCAAAAAGAAAAGGAGGGAAAAGAAAGAAAGAGACGGUGGCAGGCAACGGGGGAGAGAGAGAGGAGGAGAGAAAGAGAGAGAGAGAGUGAGAAAGACAGUGUCGCCAUUUCAAAAAUGACUUUUGAGGAGGAGCUCUGAGCUCUGCACCAGGAACACUCUGCUGAAACCCCAUCACGCAGGAGGAGAGCUUCACACACACCACUCCACCCUCACUCGCCUGAUCUCAGAUGGAGGUGGAUGCAGCUGAUAAGCGCCAUCGUACGCGAUCCAAAGGUGUGCGAGUUGCCGUGGAGACUGGGGCCCAGGAGCUGUUCAGCUGUCCCACACCAGGGUGUGACGGGAGUGGGCAUGUGAGAGGCAAAUACGCUAGGCACAGAAGUGUCUAUGGAUGUCCUUUGGCCAAGAAGCGGAAAAGCCAGGAGAAACCUCCACAGGAGCCAGCCACCAAACGCCGACCGUUUUUAACCAUGGCUGACGGAGAGGCGGCGAUGUACGAGGGCUACGAGGUGGACGCUAUGGACGAGGGUGAGGAGAGAGAGCAAGAAGACCUGGAGGAGGAAGUGGAGGAAGAGGAGGAGGAAGGUGAAGAGGAAGAAGAAGAGUGCUCCGAGGACAACGAAGAGCCUGGAGAGGAGGAAGAGGAGGAGGAAGAGGAAGAGGAAGGAGAGGUGGAGAGGGAGGAGGGAGAAGAGGUGGAGCAGAUGGAUGAGGAGGUGGAGGACGAUGAGGAAGUGGUGGAGCAGGAUGGAGAUGAUGAACAAGAUGAGGAGGAAGAACAAGAAGAAGAAGAUGAGGAUGAGCAUGAGGAAGAGGAGGAAUAUGAAGAUCAGACUCAUCAGCGAGAGAAAAAUUAUUCCAGUUGUGGACAAUCAAAGCCCAGUCACAUGGUGGAGAAAGACAACAACAACAACAAUGCGACAAACGAGGAGUAUGAAAACUAUGAUGAACUGGUGGCCAAGUCUUUGCUGAACCUGGGUAAGAUAGCAGAGGAUGCCGCCUACCAGGCCAUGACGGAAUCUGAGAUGAACAGCAGCUCCUCCAACAGUGCGGGUGAGGAGGAAGACGAGGAGGAAGACGAGCAGGGCAGCCGGAAGGGUGAGUUAAGUGUGGACCUGGACAGCGAUGUCGUGCGGGAGACUGUGGACUCUCUGAAGCUCCUGGCCCAGGGCCACGGGGCUGUGCUGCCAGACGAGGGCUUCCCCGAGGCCCACAAUGGCCAGGCCGAGGAGAAUGAGGAGGAGGUGUGCCUCAGCAGCCUGGAGUGCCUGAGGAACCAGUGCUUCGAUUUAGCCCGCAAGCUCAGCGAGACGCAGCCAGCUGAACAGCAGCACCAUAUCGAGCAACAGCUGCAGCAGCAACAACCACUGCUUCACAUGCCCCGCUAUGAAACCUGUCAGAACGUCCCCAUGGAGCAGCCCAGAACCCUGGAAAGGAGCUACUCAGACAUGGUCAACCUGAUGAAGCUGGAAGAGCAACUCAGCCCAGCAUCCAGAGGAUACACGACCAGCUGCAUCGCUGUCCAGGAAGGUGAUGAAGACACCACGUCUGUGGCCUCAGAACGCUCAGACGAAGCCUUUGACAUGACCAAGGGUAACCUGUCCCUGCUGGAGAAGGCCAUUGCACUGGAGUCAGAGCGGGCCAAGGUCAUGCGGGACAGGAUGCUGCCUUCGGAGCAUGGAAUAGGCCGCAGGGACCAUCCACGGCUGCAUGGGGAACAUAGCCCCAGACAGAGCAGUGGAGCUGAAGAACGCAAAGUCAGACUCCAUGAUGGGGCAAAGAGAGCAUACUACCCUAAAGAUUCCUCAAGGGCUGAGAAAAAAGAGAGCAAGUGUCCCACCCCAGGAUGCGACGGCACGGGCCACGUCACUGGCCUGUACCCGCACCACCGAAGUCUGUCUGGCUGCCCUCACAAAGACCGCGUACCACCAGAAAUUCUUGCAAUGCAUGAGAAUGUUCUAAAGUGCCCCACGCCUGGCUGCUCAGGACGCGGCCACGUUAAUAGCAACAGGAACUCCCACCGCAGUCUCUCGGGUUGUCCGAUAGCUGCUGCUGAGAAGAUGGCUAAGGUUCAGGAGAAGCACCAGUCCUGCGACGGCACCAAGUCCAACCAAGCGUCUGACCGCGUGCUGAGGCCAAUGUGCUUUGUGAAACAACUAGAGAUCCCACAGUAUGGUUACAAGAACAACAUCUCUACCAGCACGCCCCGCUCCAACCUGGCUAAGGAGCUGGAGAAGUACUCUAAGACCAGUUUCGACUAUGGUGGGGGCUACGACAGCCAGCCCCAUGCCUACAGUAAGCGUUCCCUCACCCAGAAGAACCAUGGACGAGAUACCUUGCCCAGGGGAUAUGAUGACACAUUUGCUCUCAGCAUUCAUCAUGGAACAUCAGAUCAUCCAAUAAGCGAGUCUUCAGCUAAGCGCUACUGUAAGACCUCCAGUCCGGCCAGCAGUACAACGAGCAGCUACGCUCCGAGCAGCAGCAGCAGCAGCAGCCUGAGCUGUGGGGGCGGCAGGGGGGGCAGAGGAGGAGAGAGCAGUGCCAGCAGCACCUGCAGCAAAAGCAGCUUCGACUACACACACGACAUGGAGGCGGCGCACAUGGCAGCCACAGCCAUCCUCAACCUGUCCACACGCUGCAGAGAGAUGCCCCAGAGCCUGACCGGCAAAGGCCCCGAACUGCUCGCACAGAGUCCAGAUGAGCGGGACGCAGAGGAUAACAGUACGCUGGAUCUGAGUGUGGGUCGUGCAGGUGGGCUGGGGGAGGGUACGGUUCUCACCCCGCUACAGCCCAUGUCCCCCCAGCGCCAGGCACUGCUCAACAGCCGCUGCUACCAGAUGAGCCCAGCUGACUGCUGGGACCCGCCCGUGGAUUACACCAAGAUUAAACGGCUGCACGAGGACCACAAAGAGGAUGAGCUGGAUCCAUUUCAGGAGCUGCUAGAGGAUCAGCAGUACCCGGGCGAGGUGUCCCUUCCCAGCCCAAAACACAAAUAUGCCCCUUGCAAGGAGAGCAAGAAAGAGCUCCUCACGCUCUCCAGCUGCCAGCUGGCUGACAAGGGCAUGCGUGGCAUGAUGGCAACCAAUUCACAGGAUCUGAAGUGUCCAACUCCAGGUUGCGAUGGCUCCGGGCACAUAACAGGCAACUACGCCUCACACAGGAGUUUGUCAGGCUGUCCUCGAGCAAAGAAGAGUGGAAUUAAAAUCAUGCACAGCAAGGAGGACAAGGACGACCAGGAGCCAAUCAAGUGUCCUGUGCCAGGGUGUGACGGUCAGGGUCAUGUGACAGGGAAGUAUGUGUCUCACCGCAGCGCCUCCGGCUGCCCACUGGCUGCUAAGCGGCAAAAGGAUGGCUUUGUGAAUGGAGCUCCGUUUGCCUGGAAGUCUGGCAAGACGGACGGCAUGACAUGCCCCACGCCCGGCUGUGAUGGCUCAGGCCACGUCAGUGGCAGUUUCCUCACACACCGCAGUCUGUCUGGUUGUCCCCGUGCCACUUCAGCCAUGAAGAAGUCUAGGAUAACUGGAGUGGAAAUGCUUACUAUCAAGCAGCGUGCAAGCAAAGGGAUAGAGAAUGAUGAAGAAAUCAAACAGCUGGAUGAAGAAAUCAAAGAUCUAAAUGAAUCGAACAACCAAGUAGAGUCAGACAUGAUUAAACUUAGGACUCAGAUCACCACCAUGGAGACCAACCUGAAGUCCAUGGAGGAGGAAAACAAGGCCAUUGAGCAGCAGAAUGACUCACUGCUGCAUGAGCUGGCCAAUCUCAGCCAGUCACUCAUCAACAGCCUGGCCAACAUCCAGCUCCCUCAUAUGAAACCGGUGCCACUGAAAGAGGCCCCUGUUAAAAAUUACUGCUGUUUACAGAUGCCCCACAGAGAGCCGAUGAACGAGCAAAACUUUGAUAGUUACGUGAGCACUUUGACAGAUAUGUACACUCAUCAGGACCAGUACCAGAGCCCCGAGAACAAGGCCCUGCUGGAGAACAUCAAACAGGCCGUGCAGGGCAUCCAGGUGUAGCUCGCUGAGCCGCCGCCAGGUAACGGGGUCACAUACGCAAGCGCUGAUCAGCAAAAAGAAAACAAAAAAGAGGAAUGAAGAAACAAGAAAAAAACAUGUACAAAUAUGGAUAAUGAUUAUGAUUUUUUGCUGCUGUAAUUUAUUGUAUUAUCUUGCAUUAUUUAUGAUUCUGUUAUGCUUUUGAGGGGGAAAAAAUACCUAACUUAUUUGUUGCCUUGCUUUAAAGAUGAUUACCAAUGGCAAAUGUUUUGAGGAACAUUCAUGUUUUGUACAUUUUUCAUAUGACCUGACAUAAUGUGAUGUACUGUUUAUAGCUGCUAAUGUAUGCACAUUUUAGUGUAUAUGUAUUUACUAAUUGUAAACAAAACCAUCCAUUGUUUUAAAAGCUUACUGACAAAAGGGGGGGAAGAAAAAAAAACAUUGCAGUGUUGAAGAGGAGAGGUGAACGGGAAUGUAAAGGGCAAUCAGCUAAUAAGCUUUUUUCUGUUUGGAAAUAAGAGGAGUUCAGUAUGUGCUGUGCAGGUUGUUCAAUGGAUGUUAAAUGGUUAAUUUUGUAACAAUAUUACGGAACUUCAUAAAGAUUCGUCUUUUGUUCAGAGAUACAUUUUACAGUGGUCAGUGUGGGCACUCUAAUGAAAUACAUGUAUCGCUCUUUGCGCUUUUGUUUGUUUGUUUUUCAAAAGGUUAAAAAAACACAAUAAAAAUGAACGGACAAAAAGACCUCAACAUUCUCGUGAAACAUCAUAACACGGAACCCCACUUAGUGCAAAUCCCAAGAUCGUGAGAGAUAUAAAUAUUUCAUAAGCGACUCCAUUCUUAACGUUAUUUCCAUUCAGUGAAGGCCAAUCACUAUGGAAAGAAAUUUUAAGGAGACAAUCCAGCAUAAAUUGUGAAUUUAUGAUCGUAAUCUAUUAGUAGGUAGUGAGAUAUAGCAUAUCAGCAAUAUAUGACAAUGAAUCAAUCAUUUAUUUAGAUAUGGGAUGCAAAAGUUCGGGUAUAUGCAAUUUCUUAUUCUUGACAUCACAGAAAACUGAGUAAUCUUUUUACUAAAUGUAAAGUAUUAAGUUUUAUAUAAAUCUUUUACUACAAUCAUGUUUUAGGGUUUAAACAUGAGUGAUCAAGUCCAAAUGGAUGAAUGCAUAUGCAUUAUGGUUUUACAUUUCUCAUGUUCUGUUUUGCACAGGGACGUCUUCGUUUCCAUGUUUUGAUGUUUUUUAUUAUUUAUUUUAAAAAGUCAAAAUAACAGGGAGGUGCCCAGAAGCCAGAAUAGUGGGGAAAGUUUUUUUUUUUUGUUUUUUGUUUUUUUUGUUUUUUUUGGUGGGUUUUUUGGUUUUUUGUUUUUUUUGUUUGCAGAGAGUAAAUCUGCGUGUGAAUGUGAGAUUAAGUGUGUUGGACUUACAGGGUUAACGUCACAAUAUGUUACAUCACUACAUCACAGUUAUGCAGCACUUGUCUUGUAGGAUUGUUCAGUUAUCAUGUAGAAAAGCGUAAAAAUCAGCAUCAGAUGCAAAACACAUUGCUAGAUUUCCAUUAUGACCUGUCAGAACAUUACUCAUCAAGGGCAGUUUUUAUUACAUUUGUGGAAACCUGUGACUCAUUAUCAUGUUAUUCAUUUUUGGGUUUGUGUCUAUGACAAAUCAGAAGCACUUUAAGCUCUAUGAAUCACAGAAACUCAAGUACGGUGUUACAGAUCAUUUUUAUGAAUUGGACAAUGACGUUGUAGUGGCCUAACAUCCUGUGGGUGCACAUUUAAGCAUUUGUGAUUCGUGAUCACUUUAUAUUACUGCAGAUCAUCUAAGGAACUACACUAUGGCCCAGUUUCCUGGAAGUAGAUUAAGCCUAGUCCACAUGCCCAGUAGUGAACCAUCAUUGGAAGUUCUUUUUAGUCUAGGAUUAGACUUAAUGUUGGUCUGGAAAACUGGCUCCAUGCGUCUAAAAGAUUGCAGACAUCUUGCAGAUUCUUCCAAGAUCAGGGGUAUUAAUAAGGAGUUUGACCCCCUUUACUGCAGUAACAGUCGCAACUCUUCUGGGAAGGCUUUACACUAGAUGUGGGAACAUUGCUGUGAGGAUUUGAUUGCAUUCAGUCACGAGAGCAUUAGUAAGGUCAGCUACUGAUUUUGGAUGAUUAGUUCUGUAUCACAAAUGCCACUCCAACUCAUCUCAAAAGAAGUGGACAAAGCUCCAUCACUCCAGAGAACACAGUCCUGGGGGUCUUUAUGCCCCUUUAGCCCAGUUAUUCUCAAACUUUUGUAUUUUAAGGCCAGUUAUUAACUUAACAAACAAGGACCAUUCUGCACCUUACCCAUUCUUUACCCAAGCUUUCUCCACAGCUAUUGCUGACCUGGCAUAGCACUGUUCUAAGACAGUACAGCUAAUUCAUUAAGGGGGCACUUUGUGGCCAUGAAUUGUGAUUGGCCGGCACACAUAUCAAAUUUUAAUGAUGUUUAAUAACAGGUACCAUUUUUAAACAAGUACCACUUUUUUAGAAAUGGCCAAUGCAGAUUUAAUAAACUGACAAAAUGAAAAAUGACUAAGCUGAUUUUUUUCUACGGCCAUUUCCCACCUCUGCUCUGCAUGGCUACAGAGCAUCCCAUUCUGUAGGCAGUGCUUUUCUAUGGAGAUUAUCCAAGAUGUAUCUGCACAACUAAACACCUGUGUCAGUGCCUGUGGUGCACCAGUAGCUGAAUUCAUUAAUUAGAAGGGGUGUCUGGAUACUUUUGGACAUACAGGGUUGGUUUGUCCUGGUCUACAUUUUCCUGUCAAUGGAGAAUCUUCAUUCAGAAUGCUGUGUAAUCCAGGACUAGGCUUGACCCCCAUUCAGGAAGUCGACUCAUAAUGUAUGUGUGCACCCACAAACUCUAACACUUGAUCUCACCAUUGUAAGGUGGUGUUAAGUUAAAUAUGGAGGCCUACAUCAGGCAGUUACCAGAACAGAAUUAAUGCCUGAGUUCAGUGGUUUGAGAGUCGGUUGUGUAUAAUAAGCAUGAGCCUCAUGCUAUGUUGUCACAGCGAUUGUGAUGGAUGGUGAUUAUACAUGGACUGACCAUGCCAUUAUCACACCCUUCUUCUUUCUUUCUUCAUUUAGACUAGCUCUGCAUUUCUGAAGAGUUCAUGCGAAGGUGCUAGUCAUUCUCAUGGUUCAUCCAUCCAAAUGGACUAACAGGUCAAAAUAUCUGCCUCUCCAUCUUCCUACUCCUCUCUCCAAAGCUUUGUGUAUGCAGCUGCCAAUAUAGUAAUGCUUCUAAUAGACCGAUAGCAAAAUUUCCUUUCAUAAACGUAUCAUAACUGAUUCGACAGGAAAAAAAGGAUUUUAAGCACAAUUCUGCUGCUCACCUUCUGUUCUAACAUAUUGCAGUAUCUAAUUAAAGGAAAACGUUAUCUGUAACUAUUUAAAUAGAAAACACUAACUACACUAUCACAUGCUUGAAUGCAGAAUACGUUUCUUAUUACUAAUUGUGAAUUCAUCAGGUUACGACGUACCAUUUGAAAAGGACUUCAACAAAUCAUUUUAAAACAGGAUUUUAUAUAAAAAAAAGAAACAUGGCUUUCUCUUGGCCUCUUGCUCUCUAUCUAGCUCUUUCUCUCCCUAUUUUAUUAUUAUUAUCAUUUUUUUUAAAUCACAUGGCAUGAUUUUUGUUGAUAUGAUACUUUUUGCUGUAAAUGUUUAAGAUCACACGUUGCAGUGAUAUUUCAUUUUGAAAUUGUGAACUUUGUACAAUUUUUAUCAUGCUGGUGUUGACAUCUCUUACUCAAUAAAAACUUGUGUUGCCACA